UUGUGUGAAUGUGUAGAAUAAAUGUAAGAGAAGACAGCAAAUAUUCGUACUAGUCAGUCUAAUAUGGUAUGGAGCAAUUAUUGUGAAAGGAAUAAUGGUGGCCGAAAAACCACUUCUCCGGGCGGGAAUAUCGCAAUUACGAUUUGAAAACAACGAAAACGACAACCAAAUCUCUUAAAAAAAUACACAAAAAUGGAUAAAUAAAUAAAAAAGAAUGGUCUGGCUGAAUAUAUUAUUAUUACAUUACACAUCCAAAUCGAAGAGGUCCCUACUACUACUCGUAGAAGUAGCUACCUCUACCCUUUCCUCUUAUAUCCCCUUUUCUUCUUAUUAUUAUUUAUCUAUCUUUAUUAUUAUUAUUAUGACAUAUAAACGACAAUCUCUAAACUCUUACUCCCCUCAUUCUCUCUGACACUUGUCAAAUCUCUUCUUCUUCUUCUUCUUCUUCUUCACUUGUACUCAAAUAAUUCACCAUACUAUUAUUAAAAUUAGUUAGUUAUCUUUCUCUCUCUCACUCUCUUUCUUUCUGAUCUAACUGCAUAAAUGCAGAUGUAAAAAGGUACUUGAUUCUCUCUUGUUUUCUUUGGUAAUUUAAUGUGGAUAUAUACAUACAUAUCAUAUAUAUACAGGCUUUGAAGUAGUGGUGGGUCUGAUAUUCUGAAAAUGAUUUUAUGUCAAUUUCACCAUUCUCUCUCUCAUGUGGUCCUCUUUCUCUCCCAUAUUUUUCUCUAUCUUAUCGGAUGGACUAACUAUGGCGUAAAAUUGGGGAAAAUACUAGUAGGUAGUAGGCCUGUCAUCAAGUAUUGUUUUUCAAGACAUCACCAACAACCAUUACAAACCUUCAUUUUCAUUUUGGGUUGUUAAGGUUGAAUUUUAGUUUGUGGACUCACUAUGUGAAGUCUACGCCAAGCUUUCAGAAUUAAGAUUAGACAAAACAGAUUCCAUUAGUUUCUUAGACUUAAAACAGAUUUGAUUUGGUUAUUAUUACUUACUUUUUUUAAGCUGUUAUGCAAAUCUCAGAUGGUACUCUGAUAAUGUCGUUGGAGGCCCUCUGAAAGGGCUGCCAUUGCCAAGAUGGACAGAAAAAGUUGGCUGUGGCGGAGGAAAUCUUCUGAGAAGAGUCCAGGCGAGACUGAGAGUACGGGAUCCUUAUCUUCUCAUUCUGAAAGAUUCUCCGAUGAUCAGGCUUAUGCAUCUCAUAGCACUCAAUCACCAGAAGUCACUUCCAAAGCUGCAUUAAACGAUGAAGAUACUACUGAAACUGUGAAGACGUUGAGUGACAAAUUAUCUGCUGCACUUCUUAGCGUUAGUGCCAAGGAGGACUUGGUAAAACAGCAUGCUAAAGUUGCAGAAGAAGCUGUCUCAGGAUGGGAGAAUGCCGAAAAUGAAGUGGUGGCUUUAAAACAGAAACUUGAGACAGCUAAUCAGAAAAAUUCAGCUCUUGAAGACCGGCUUGGUCAUCUUGAUGGGGCAUUGAAGGAAUGUGUGAGACAACUUCGACAAGCAAGAGAAGAGCAGGAACAGAAGAUCCGUGAAGUGGUUUCAAAGAAAACUCAUGAAUGGGAAUCUUUAAAAUCUGUCCUCGAGGAUCAACUAGUUGAGCUUCAGGUUCAGCUUCAAAGUGUUAAAAAGCAAACCGAUUCAUCCUUUGAUUCUGAUCUUCAACAAAAGCUUGAGGCUGCUGAGAAGGAGAACUCGACCCUUAAAUUAGAGAUCCUUUCUCAAGCCAAAGAAAUUAAAAUCAGGAUUAUUGAGCGAGACCUGAGCACUAAAGCUGCUGAAACAGCCAGUAAGCAAUAUUUAGAGAGCAUAAAAAAGGUGGCUAAGCUUGAAGCUGAUUGUCGGAGACUCAAAGCCAUAGCUCGAAAAGUGUCGCAGACUAAUGAUCAAAAGUAUGCAUCCUCAGUAUAUGCAGAAUCUCUCACUGAUAGCCAGUCAGAUUGUGGAGAGAGGCUACUAACACUUGAAUAUGGCUCUCAUAAAAUGAGUAGUUUUGAACCAAAUGAAAGUGAUUCAAGCCAGUCAGGUCUACGGGGAUCUUCUUUUGUUACAGAACAUCAAAAUGAAAAUGAAAAGAACCAUGAAAGAAACAAAAUGGUUCCUUCAGUAGAUAUCAAUUUCAUGGAUGAUUUUCUUGAAAUGGAAAAGCUUGCUGCAUUGCCAGUCAUAGAAAGUGGAAGCAGAUGUGUUGAGGCAGGACCUAUGUUAGAUCAACCAAAUGGUGGCGAAAGCCUGAAAGCUGAUCUUGAAGUGAUGGUUCAAAAGACUAUAAAACUUGAAGAGAAUUUAAGAAAAAUUGUGGAAGAAAAAGAGGAACUUGAGAAGGCACUGAGUGCUUGCAAAAAGCAUCUUGAGACAUCACAAAGUCAGCUAGUAGAAACUGCAAUGGAUUUGCAGGAGCUGCAAAUAAAGAUGGUUCUUGCUACUGAAUCAAAGAAAGCUGCAGAGGAAGAAGUAAAAGCAUCACAAGCUAAGAGAGAAUUGGCAGAGUCUCGAUUGAGAGUAGUUGAAAAUGAGGUCAACACCUUGCUCUUAAAAGCAGCUUCGUUAGAGGAAGAGGUUCAGAAUGAGCGACUUUUAUCUGCUGAUAAAAUUGCCAAAUGCCAGAAAUUGGAGGAUGAACUAUUUAAACUAAAACAUGAAGCCGAGGACCAGCGAGAGGCUGAGUUCCAGCGUACCAAAAAUGAUAGCCUCAAUCUAAAAAUUAAGCAGGAAAACGAGCUAGCUUUGGCUGCGGAUAAGUUUGCCGAGUGCCAGAAAACAAUAGCAUCACUUGGGCAGCAUUUGAAGUCUCUUGCUAGUCUAGAAGAUUUCCUACUGGACUCUGAGAAUCUUCAUCCUACUAUUGUGGUGGACAACAUACAGAGCUACGAAAGUGGUAAUGAAGCACAUAAUUUGCGGUCUACUAAUUUAUGUUUGUCCGGAAGAGAUGCUGCAUUUUCAGAAGCAGCAGCAAAUAAAUGGUCAUAUUCUUCAAAUAAGAAAAGUGAGAGAAAUUCAUCAUUAUCCUUAGAUCCAGACAUUCACUCUGAAAAGAACCAAAAUGGUUUUGGAAAGCUUUUCCCAAAGAGUAAAAACUGAAUUCUAUUAAAUUAAAUCCAAAAUAUCAGUGGAAAUCAAUAUAAAAUAAAUUGUAUAAAGCAACUAGGUGUAAGUAUCUCUUUGUAAAGUUCAACCAUCUUGUUAUACUAGGGAAUUAAUGUAUGUAAAAUCAAUAGUUUUCACAAUCACGAUGCUUUGUUGAAACGAAAAUUAUUGAAGUGGUGGCAACAAUAAGUAAAUCGGAAAUACAUUUUUACCCCUUACUAUUACGUAUGGUUUUCCCAAUCUAUCUAUAUAAUCUAAGUAAGAUGAUGUGACAUCA